AUGAGUCCUAGACUCUCAUUUUCUAACGAUUUCAGUCAAGCAGAAACCAUUCCUACACCUCUCCAAUUCCAAUCAUGCUCAUCAAAUUUCAGAGAUUUCGACUUCUGUUUUCACUCUAGAGAAACUAAUCUGGAAUGGUCAUCUGCUGAUGAGCUUUUCGUUGAUGGGAAGAUGCUGCCAGUUGAAAUGAAGAAAAAGAUUGAUACUUCACAAGAAAUUAUUGCUGAUAAAGAUUCAAGGCAUGAGAUCUCCAAGGGAAACAAAAUUCCCAGCAAACGCAAUGAAGCAAUUAGCAGGCACUUCGCUAACCAAGAAAUCAAGAAAAAGAUUGCUCCGCCUUUUCCGCCUCUCCGUGCAUUUCUUGAAGCAACGGGCGCUGAAGAAGGCUACGUUAAUGAAGAUUGGAUUAGUCAUGACAAGUUCACUGAAACCAAGAUCUCAUGCAAGAAGAAGAACAAUAGUAGUAGUAGUAGUAGGUGGAGUUUCGGUGGAACAAAUGUAAGUAUGUUAUGUCCUUGUCCACUUUUAUGUCGGAGCAAGACUGGGGGGAAACGAAUAGAGCUGUCAAGAGAAAUUCAGAAUCAUAGGCGGAACUCAGUGCAAUCGAAGCCACUGGCAUUGGCACAUUUGCAGAUUUCUUCUCUAACAGGUUAUCGUCAUCAAAGGCCUCUUUGA